AUGAUACUUAUUUUAUUAAUUUUUUCUUUUGUAAUAUCUACUUUUGAAUAUAAAAUUUUAGUAUUCAAUCUUUUAUUUGCUAAAAGUCAUGUAAAUUAUAUGAAUAAUUUAGGUGAUUUAUUACAAGAAGGAGGUCAUAAUGUUACAAUUUUAAGAGUUCCUAUGAAUCCAGAUGUUGAAGGUAGUAGGACAAAAAUAGCAAACGAAAUUGAAUCAAAAUAUAGAAAUAAAGAGAUUGAUGAAAAAGCAAAAAUAAUGAAAAUAGUUGAAAAAGGUUCUUGGAUAAGUAGAAAUUCAGAAAAUCCAUUUAAUUUUGCUUUUGAAUUAUAUGAAGUUACAAAAUGGGGAACAAAAGCGUGUGAAUUUACUAUAAAUAAUUCAGAACUAAUGGAAGAAUUAAUAAAUGAAAAAUUUGACCUUGGUAUUGUAGAAGCAUUUUUUCCUUGUGGAUUAGGAGUUUUAAAGCAUAUUAAUAUAACAAAACAUAUUUCUGUUAUGUCAGGAGCGUUAUUUGAUCCUUUUUAUUCUAGAUUUGGAUUAUCAUUUUAUACUAUGCAAAUACCAUCAAUUGCUUCACCUUUUACACCUCAAAUGUCGUAUAAAGAAAGAUUUUAUAAUUUUUUUGCUUAUAUUACUUUAGAAAUAACUUAUUAUAAUCAUAUAAGUGCUGGAAAUAAUAUGUUUUCAAAAUAUACAAAAACAAGUAAUAUUGAUCUUGAUAAAGAAUUAAUUUCAUCUGCUUUUUUUGUAUCUAAUGAUGAUCCAAUUGUUAGUUACAGCACACCACAAUGUCCUAAAAUACUUCGAUUAGGAGGUUUAUUAAUUGGAAAACCAAAACCAUUAAAUAAUGAAUUUGAUAAAUUAUUAAAUAUACGAGAAAAAAAUGUUAUUAUUUCAUUUGGAUCAAUAGCUAAAAGUUGUUUAAUGACAGAUGAAAUGAAAUUAGGAAUGGUUAAAAUAUUUAAAAGUUUUCCAAAUAUAACAUUUAUAUGGAAAUAUGAAGAAGAUAGACCUGAUAUUCUUAAUGGUAUUGAAAAUGUUGUAACAAGUAAAUGGAUACCACAAGUUGAUCUUUUAAAUGAUCCUAGAGUGUCAUUAUUUGUAACUCAUGGUGGUAUGAACACAUUGAAUGAAGUAGCAUAUUUUGGUGUACCAGUAUUAACAAUACCAUUGUUUGGUGAUCAACCACGUAAUGCAAAGAUGUAUGAAUUUGCUCAAAUUGGUAAAUCAAUUGAUAAAAAAGAUUUAGUAGAAAAUAAUGAUUUAAUUAUCUCGUUAUUUAAAGAACUUUUAGAAGAUCCUAAAUACAAAGAAAAUGCAAUAAAAAUAUCAACUUAUAUUAAAAAUAGACCAUAUGAUCUAAAGGAAGUUUUCUUAAAGCAUAUUGAUUUUGCUGCUAAAUUUGGUAAUGUUCAACAAUUAGGAGUUUAUAAUGAAAAUAUGCCAUUUUGGAAAUACUUGAUGCUCGAUGUUAUAGCUGGAAUAAUUUUAAUAAUUAUUUUAUCUAUAAGUGUUUUAUAUAGAAUGUUUUGUACAAUGAAAUUUAUGUUUACUUAUGCAAAAGCACAUGAAAAAGUAGAAUAA